AAAAUCAGUGUGUAACUGCAUGUACAUAACUCUCUCCAUCACAAUUCACACACCACCACCACCUCACUUCAAAACACACCCCAAUUCUCUCUCUCUCUCUCUCUCUCACUCACUCAAUACUAUUAAUAUAAGCGUGUCUUCUUCUCCAUAAAAUCAUCAUGAACAAGAAACCAUAACGUUUUCAUUCAUAUCAGUUUCUUUCUUCUUCUUCUUCUUCUGAUCAAGAAAGAAUAAUCAUCAAUGGCAAAACCCAACAAGCCUCUCACUAGGCUCUACUACAUCACCUUCACCAUCAUUCUCUGCACCCUCUUCUACCUCAUCGGCCUCUGGCAACACCCAACAAACACCGCCACCGCCGCCGUCGGCAGCCACUUCUCCGCCGUCAACUGCCCCCACCUCAAUUCCACCUCCACCACCACUUCCUCCGACACCCUCGAUUUCUCCGCCCGCCACUACAACCCCGACCCGCCGCCCACGGAGGCGGGUGUCACCCACGCGCCGCCGUGUGACGUGUCGCUAUCGGAGCACACCCCAUGCGAGGACGUGCAGAGGUCGCUGAGGUUCCCCCGUGACAGACUGAUUUACCGGGAGCGGCAUUGUCCGGCGCCGGAGGAUGCGCUCCGGUGUAGGAUUCCGGCGCCGUUUGGGUACCGGGUGCCGCCGCGGUGGCCGGAGAGUCGUGACUGGGCGUGGUACGCGAAUGUGCCGCACAAGGAGCUUACUGUGGAGAAGAAGAAUCAGAACUGGGUCCGGUUCGAAGGUGAACGGUUCAGAUUCCCCGGUGGUGGGACCAUGUUUCCACGUGGCGCAAGCGCGUACAUUGAUGACAUCGGAAAGCUCAUCAACCUUAAAGAUGGGUCCAUCAGAACCGCCAUUGAUACUGGUUGUGGGGUAGCAAGUUGGGGAGCUUAUUUGAUGUCACGUGAUAUAUUAGCAGUGUCAUUUGCACCAAGGGAUACCCAUGAAGCUCAGGUUCAAUUUGCUCUUGAACGUGGAGUUCCUGCAUUGCUUGGAGUUCUUGCUUCAAUUAGGCUUCCAUACCCUUCAAGAGCCUUUGACAUGGCUCACUGCUCACGUUGCCUCAUUCCCUGGGGCCAAUAUGAGGGGGUUUACUUGACUGAAGUUGAUAGAGUGUUACGCCCCGGCGGGUAUUGGAUUCUAUCAGGGCCACCAAUAAACUGGGAGAGCCAUUGGAAAGGCUGGGAGAGGACCAGAGAGAGUCUCAAAGAUGAACAGGAUGAAAUUGAGAGAGUGGCAAAGAGUCUGUGCUGGAAGAAGUUGAUACAGAAGGGUGAUCUUGCAAUAUGGCAGAAACCCACCAAUCAUAUACAUUGCAAAAUAACUAGAAAGGUCUUCAAGAAUAGACCCUUUUGUGAGACACAGGAUCCAGACACAGCUUGGUACACCAAAAUAGAUACCUGCUUGACACCAAUGCCUGGGGUGAAUGACGUAAGAGAUGUUAGUGGUGGAGAAUUGUCUAAAUGGCCUGAGAGGCUAACAUCAAUUCCUCCAAGGAUUAGCAGUGGAAGUUUGAAUGGAAUUACAGCUGAUAAGUUCAGAGAACACAACCAGUUGUGGAAGAAGAGAGUGGCAUACUACAAGAGCCUGGACUAUCAGCUCGCUGAGCGCGGGAGAUACCGCAAUCUGCUUGACAUGAAUGCUUACUUGGGAGGCUUUGCAGCUGCAUUGAUUGAUGAUCCAGUGUGGGUCAUGAAUGUUGUCCCUGUUGAGGCUGAGAUCAACACACUUGGUGUCAUAUAUGAACGUGGAUUGAUUGGAACCUAUCAGAACUGGUGUGAAGCCAUGUCCACCUACCCAAGAACCUAUGACUUCAUACAUGGUGAUUCAGUUUUCACCCUCUACCAGAACAGAUGCAACAUAGAGGACAUACUUCUUGAGAUGGACCGGAUUUUGCGGCCACAAGGCAGUGUGAUCUUGCGCGAUGAUGUGGAUGUGUUGCUUAAGGUGAAGAGGUUUGCUGAUACAAUGCAAUGGGAUACCAGAAUUGCAGACCAUGAAAAGGGUCCUCACCAAAGAGAGAAAAUACUUGUAGCAGUGAAACAGUACUGGACAGCCCCACUACCUGACCAAAGCCAACAAAGGAAGUUGUAAUUUUGAUUUGCUUUUUUGGCUCAAGAUUUGUGUAUUUUUCUUUAUUUGUCAUAAUUUUUUCAGGAAUUCUAUUCUUUUCCAGCCUCAAUUUAUGGGUGGUGCUUAGUGAAGUUUUUUUUCCCCAGCAAUUAUGGCCCCAAAAGAAUUUUUUGGUGGGUUAUCUA